AUGACGAUCUGCACUUAUGACGCACGUACGAUUGCAUUGAAAGCGGCCAUCGAAGAUCUGAUGAUGCAAGCCAAGAAGAUUAAGUACGACGUCAUUGGACUGACCGAGACGAGACGACGUCAUCCUCUCAACGCCGUAUAUGAAACUGGAGAAGAACUGUUCUUAGGAACAUGCGACAGUAGAGGUGUUGGUGGGGUUGGCGUCCUCGUCAGCACGAGUAUGGCAAAGAACAUCGACUCUUUCGAGAAACUUACGACCCGAAUCGGACGUCUGCGGAUGAGAAGAUGUGGUCCAACACCAGCUUUGAUUAUCUUCGUCGCUUACGCUCCAACAUCAAGAUACGAUGAAGAAGAAGUCGAAGCUUUCUUUAUGGACCUGGAAAAGUUCUACCGAGAAGAUCAUGCCUUCUACAAGGCCAUGAUUGGCGAUUUCAACGCCAAAGUUGGCCCAAGAAGAACGCCCGAGAAUCUUCACAUCGGGACCCACGGCCUACAACGGAAUGACCAGGGGGAGAGGCUCUCCGAGUUAAUCAUGACGACUAAGAACAUCCAUGGAAACUCGCAAUUCCAGAAGCCCUCUUCUCUACGCUGGACUAAAAGGUUCUGCCUGGCGGACGUCGCUGUUGUGCCAAAGUUCUAUACGAGAUCGGACCGUCGCCUCCUCCGAGGAAGAUUUUCCUUCAUAAGGAGAGCAGAGAAAGCCGCGAAGUUCAGAGGGAGAAAUCCCAGAACUAUCAACUGGGAUCUCUUCGCUACCUUAGCCGGCUUUUGGGAAGAUCCCGCAAUGGACAUUAUCGACGAGGAAUAUGACCGGUUCGUUGAACAUCUUCACGACUGCACGAAGAAGGCUGAGAGUUCUAAAACCACCAAGAGAUGCCUGUCUCUUGGAAUUCUUGGGCUGAUACGCCAGCAUGGAGCAGUACGAGCCGCAGGGAAACAAGAACUCUCGUACGAGUUCGCAAGGCUUUGCAGAGAGGCGAUAGAGGAGGACCUUAAAGAGAGAAGGGCAGAAGUGCUGGCUGAAGCUGCAGAGGCGGGGAAAAGCAUCCACUAUGCCCGUCGAGACUUCGCCAGUCGCAAGACAAGGACGACUGCUCUCCGGAGCCCGGAGGGAACAACAGUUGCAUCGAUAAGGGAGAUGGAGAAAAUCAUCUACGAUUUCUACUUUGAUCUCUUUGACAGUCAUGUCCACUUGCCUCCUCGCCAUCUAAGGGAAGACAGACAUGUCAUUCCAGAGGUUCUCCCGUCCAAAAUACGAUAUGCUAUCAUGUCGGUAAGAAAUCGUACGGCACCCGGUCCCGACAGAAUAAGACCAGAACAGCUGAAGAACCUUCCGCCAGUAAUCAUCAACACCUUGGCAGAGCUCUUUACACGUUACCUGUCGGAAUGCAAGGUUUCUAAACAGUGGAAGACCAGCAAGACCGUGUUGCUGUAUAAAAGGGGAGAUCCACAUGACAUCGGCAACUAUCGCCCAAUCUGCUUACUGUCCGUCAUCUACAAGCUCUUUACAGAUACGAUUGACCACAUUCACACUGUUUCGAGACUCAUCGAAGUAUCACGAGAGUACAAGAUGCCGCUCUGUCUCACCUUCAUCGACUUGAAGAAGGCCUUCGACUCAGUUGAGACGGAAGCGGUCAUGGAAACCUUGGACCACUAA